UUGUAAUACUCAUCCUGGCCCGACGCCCGGCCCCGAGCUGGGGGUGCGGGCGCAGGGAGACGGGCCCGGAGGGCGGCGGGUGGGUGGGAGCCCGCCUGUCCCUGUCAGCGGCUUCUCCCUAGGGUGGCAUCUCUCUCAGUGAAGUCCGCCCCGGCUCCUCUCACUGUUCUUCCGCCGCUAGCCUCGGCGCUGUGACGCCAGGAGGGCAGGGCUAGUCGCUGUUCGGUUCAUGACUGUCUCUAAUAGUUCGAACGGCGCCAGGUGCGCGGUCAUGGAGGACACUCAGGCUGUUAACUGGGAGGUUGAAGAAGAGGAGGAGACAGAGAGACCCAGUGACUCCUUGGGGUGUAGCCUGGAGCCCCUAGGGCGACUGCAUGUCUUCAGUAGUGCCCACGGACCAGAAAAAGAUUUCCCACUCUACCUCGGGAAAAACGUGGUAGGCCGAAUGCCUGAUUGCUCUGUGGCCCUGCCCUUUCCAUCCAUCUCCAAGCAACAUGCAGUGAUUGAAAUCUUGGCCUGGGACAAGGCACCUGUCCUCUGGGAUUGUGGGAGCCUCAAUGGUACUCAAAUCCUGAGGCCUCCUAAGUUCCUGAGCCCUGGGGUGAGUCAUCGUCUGAGGGACCAGGAGCUGGUUGUCUUUGCUGACUUGCCCUGCCAGUACCAUCGCCUGGAUGUCUCCCUGCCCUUCGUCUCCCGGGGCCCCCUAACUGUAGAGGAGACACCCAGGGUACAGGGAGGAACUCAACCCUGGGGGAUCCUAUUGGCUGAGGACUCAGAAGAGGAAGUAGAUCCUCUUUCUGAAAGGUAUGUGGUGAAUGAACCAAGGACCAUGUCCUCCCUUUUGGCAACAGUGGUUCCAGAGAGUGAUGAAGAGGGGCCUUCCUCUGCCCCCGAUGGUCCUGGGCCACCUUCUGCCUUCAACUUGGACAGUGACACAGAAGAGGAAGAGAGUCAGCCGCCAGCAGCAUGGCGGGCCUCCGCAGCUGCCGCAGAGACAGGGCAGCCUGAGGCUGUCAGAGCUGAAAUCCAGGUUGAAAAGGAUCAGCCUUUGGGGCAGGAGAGGAACAGUGACAUAAGAGUCAAGAGAGAUGCAAGCAAUGGGGUGAUUCUGGAGAGGAGCCCGCCCCCUGGGGAGGACAGUGAGACAGAUGUGGAGGAUGAGAGCAGGCCUCCCGGAAAGCCAGCUGAGGGCCAUCUCGAAAGGGCCCAGCCUUCUGGCUUCAUAGACAGUGAUACUGACGUGGAAGAAGAGGGGAUUCCCACGACCCCAGCUGUGGUGCCCAUGAAAAGAAGGCAGAUCUUCCAUGGAGUUAAUGCAGAGAGUCCUGGGGGACCUGACCUGGCACAUCUUCACGAGAGCCCGGCUGGCAGUGAGACAGAUGAGGAGGCUGAGGCCCCGCUCACGGUCCCUCUGGAGCGAAGCCAAGCCUCCAUGGUGAGCAGCAGCAAUGUAGAUGAUGAGGAAGGAGUGUCAGCAGCACUCACUUUGGUGCAUCUGAAGGAGAGCCGAGCCACUGCCUGGAACAGAGAUGCAGAUGUGGAAGAGGACAGAGCCCAGCCUCCGGCUUUUCUUGAGCAAAGCCAAACCUCUACUGGGAGAGACAGUGACGCAGACAUGGAGGUGGAGGGGUUCCCAGUAGAAAAGAGAGGCUAUGUUCCCAAGAGUCACACAGACAAAGCUCAGCCAGACAAAAGCCCGCCUCCUUUCGGGGACAGUGACAGAGAAGUGGAAGAAGAGAAGAGCUCACCCGGAGUCCUGGAGAGAAGCCAGGCCUCUGCCGCAGUGGGCAUCAACACACAGGUGGAGGAGGAAGUCUCCCCCGAGCCAGCUGUUACACUCCCAGAGAAGCAUGAGGUGCCUGUGGCAGGCACAAAUCCAGCAAAUGUGGAAGCAGGAGGGGGCCCAGCAAAGCUGCCUGCCCUGCGCCGAGAGGAAGCCCGGCCUCCUCCAGGUGGGUACUGUGGAACAGAGGCUGCGGAGGGUGCAUCCUCCGCAGUGGCAGGUAAGAGCCAGCUUCCAGCAGAAGGGGAUGCUGGGACAGAGUGGGUUGUGCCUGUCCUUCAGCCAGAGAGAGCUCUUGCGGCAGCAGCCCAGGGUGGGUCACCUUUAGCACAAGUAGAACAGGACCAUCUCCUGGUCUCAAGGGAGAACCUAACAGAUCUCUUGGUAGACACAGGUACUGCAGGGGAACCCACCCAGGCACAGAGAAAGGGAGCCCAGCCCCCCAGAGAAAGUGGGGGAGAACCACAUGUGGACAUGACCAAGGACUGUGGACACAGCCAUGAUGAUUCUGAAGAUCUAGACCAACAAGCUACCCAGUGCUUUGUGGAGAGAGAGAACCAGAGCCUGGAAGCAGUCCCAAGCAUGGAGGAUGAGCCCACCCAGGUCUUCCUGUUUACUCCACCCCAAGAGCCUGGCCCUUCCCAUUGCAGCUUCCAGGCCUCAGGUGCCCUGGAUGAGCCUUGGGAAGUCUUGCCUACACAGCCAUUCUGUCUAAGAGAAUCUGAGGCCUCUGAGACCCAGCCCAUUGCUACCCACCUGGAGGCCCAUGGAUCUUGCCCCUUGUCACCCAGGCCAACACCUCAAGACCAACAUCUGGAAAAGCCAUGUCACACAGAGCCAUUGGGGAUUCAAGGCGGAGGGUUGCAGACUUCGGAGAAAGGCAUGGGACCCCUGAAUUGCAAGAUGUCCCCGGCUGAGAAGGCUUCUAGGGGUGAUCCAGGAUCCCUAGAUGUUUGUCUGCCUCCAGCAGUCCCUGAAGCCUCAGCCCCAGUCCAAAACCCCCUCAUCCCUCAGAGCCAAAAACAUCUUGCUUCUCAGCCCCUCUUUGCUCCAUCUCCACCUUUAGAGACGCCCAUUCCCAGCUCCAGGCAAAAUGGGAGUCAGGAAGCUCUGGAGAAUUCCUUGUCCUCAGAGCUGGACCCUCUGCAUGCAAAAUCCAAAUGCAGGCCCCAGGGGUGCUCCAGGGUGACACCCUCUCCAGCUUCUGUAGCCCCUGAACUCCACUCUGCCUCCUCCAGAGAGCAGCCUGUCCCCCCUGAGCCCACAGCUCUGGCCACGCGGGGCAGGACACACAGGGCCUCUGUCGGGACCCCUGAAACGACUGUCCCUACAGACCAGCCUGUCCCCCCUGAGCCCACAUCUCGGGCCACGCGGGGCAGGACACACAGGGCCUCUGUCAAGACCCCUGAACCGACUGUCCCCACAGACCAGCCUGUCCCCCCUGAGCCCACAUCUCGGGCCACACGGGGCAGGACACACAGGGCCUCUGUCGGGACCCCUGAAACGACUGUCCCUACAGACCAGCCUGUCCCCCCUGAGCCCACAUCUCGGGCCACACGGGGCAGGACACACAGGGCCUCUGUCAGGACCCCUGAACCGACUGUCCCCACAACCCCUGACCUUGAACCUCCGACCCCUACAGACCAGCCUGUCCCCCCUGAGCCCACAUCUCGGGCCACGCGGGGCAGGACACACAGGGCCUCUGUCAAGACCCCUGAACCGACUGUCCCCACAGACCAGCCUGUCCCCUCUGAGCCCACAUCUCGGGCCACACGGGGCAGGACACACAGGGCCUCUGUCAGGACCCCUGAACCGACUGUCCCCACAGACCAGCCUGUCCCCCCUGAGCCCACUUCUCAGGGCAGGACACAUAGGGCCUCUGUCAAGACCCCUGAACCGACUGUCCCCACAACCCCUGACCUUGAACCUCCGACCCCUACAGACCAGCCUGUCCCCCCUGAGCCCACAUCUCGGGCCACGCGGGGCAGGACACACAGGGCCUCUGUCAAGACCCCUGAACCGACUGUCCCCACAGACCAGCCUGUCCCCUCUGAGCCCACAUCUCGGGCCACACGGGGCAGGACACACAGGGCCUCUGUCAGGACCCCUGAACCGACUGUCCCCACAGACCAGCCUGUCCCCCCUGAGCCCACUUCUCAGGGCAGGACACAUAGGGCCUCUGUCAAGACCCCUGAACCGACUGUCCCCACAACCCCUGACCUUGAACCUCCGACCCCUACAGACCAGCCUGUCACCCCCGAGCCCACAUCUCGGGCCACGCGGGGCAGGACACAUAGGGCCUCUGUCAGGACCCCUGAACCGACUGUCCCCACAGCCCCUGACCUUGAACCUCCAACCUCUACAGACCACCCUGUCCCCCCUGAGCCCACUUCUCAGGGCAGGACACAUAGGGCCUCUGUCAGGACCCCUGAACCGACUGUCCCCACAGACCACCCUGUCCCCCCUGAGCCCACUUCUCAGGGCAGGACACAUAGGGCCUCUGUCAAGACCCCUGAACCGACUGUCCCCACAGCCCCUGACCUUGAACCUCCGACCCCUACAGACCAGCCUGUCACCCCUGAGCCCACAUCUCGGGCCACGCGGGGCAGGACACACAGGGCCUCUGUCAAGACCCCUGAACCGACUGUCCCCACAGACCAGCCUGUCCCCCCUGAGCCCACUUCUCGGGGCAGGACACACAGGGCCUCUGUCAGGACCCCUGAACCGACUGUCCCCACAGCCCCUGACCUUGAACCUCCGACCCCUACAGACCAGCCUGUCACCCCUGAGCCCACAUCUCGGGCCACGCGGGGCAGGACACACAGGGCCUCUGUCAAGACCCCUGAACUGACUGUCCCCACAGACCAGCCUGUCCCCCCUGAGCCCACUUCUCGGGGCAGGACACACAGGGACUCUGUCAGGACCCCUGAACCGACUGUCCCCACAGCCCCUGACCUUGAACCUCCGACCCCUACAGACCAGCCUGUCACCCCCGAGGCCAUAGCUCAGGGUGGUCAGAGCAGGACACUGAGGUCUACAAGAAGUGCUGUGCCAGUUCCUACCAUCCCUGAAUCCCAGUCUCCUUUCCCCACAGACCAGCCUAUUCCCCCUGAGCCCAUCCCUCAAGCCAGUUGUAGCAGGAGGCCAAGGAUCGCUAGGCAGCCCCUCGCAGCUCCCAUUGUCUAUGAACCCUGCUCUGCACCCCUUGAACCUAACGCCUCGUCCUCAAGGAGCCAAAGGCGAGGAGCAGUGAGAGCAACCAAGUCCCUUAGGACCAUUCCUGAGCCUGCCUUUGCCCAGCUUCCUGGGGCACCCACUCAUGCUCUCCAGAUCCAAAAGGUAGAGGCAACAGGUGGCUAUGAGUUCAGCCCAGGGUCCCAGCCUAAGGCCUUUCAAAACCACAAGAAGCCUUCAGAUACUGUGGAUUCACCCCCACUUCCAAAACGGCUGCGAAGAGAAGUCCCUCAGAAGACAGUGGUCCUCAAGGAAGAAGAGGCAGAGAAGCCAGGGAAGGACGAGGAUGUGGUGAUGCCAGGACCAGGCAAGAGAAAGAGAGACCAGGCUGAGGAAGAGCCCAAAGGAAUGCCAGUCCGCGGCCUCCGACGGACUAAACCUAACCAUGAGUCCGCAGCCCCCAAAGUGCUCUUCACAGGAGUGGUGGACGCCCGUGGAGAGCAGGCAGUGCUGGCCCUGGGGGGACGUCUGGCCAGCUCAGUGGCCGAGGCGUCCCACCUGGUGACUGAUCGAAUCUGCCGGACAGUCAAGUUCCUGUGUGCCCUAGGGCGGGGGAUCCCUAUCCUCUCCCUGGACUGGCUGUACCAGUCCCGCAAGGCCGGUUGCUUCUUGCCCCCGGAUGACUAUGUGGUGACUGAUCCUGAGCAGGAAAAGAACUUUGGCUUCAGCCUCCGUGACUCCCUGAGCCGGGCUCGUGAGCGAAGGCUACUAGAGGGCUAUGAGAUUCAUGUGACCCCUGGAGUCCAGCCACCACCACCUCAGAUGGGAGAGAUCAUCAGCUGCUGCGGAGGCACUGUCCUACCCAGCAUGCCCCGGUCCUACAAGCCUCAGAGAGUUGUGAUCACAUGCUCCCAGGACGCCCCUCGAUGCACCACGCCUUUUCGGGUUGGGCUGCCCAUCCUCUCACCAGAAUUCCUGCUGACAGGAGUGCUGAAGCAGGAAGCCAAGCCAGAGGCCUUCGUUCUCUCCACUUUGGAAAUGGCAUCCCCCUGAAAACCCCUCCCCAGUACCCUUUUUCUUCCCAGAUCAAUAAACAGAAAACACUGGGGAGAAGAACUUAGGGCUUGAGGAAGGAUUGGGGUGUACUGAUCUGAUUUGUCUUGAAACAUGGGUGGGGCUGAAAAGGCUUAUAGGAAAACAAAGAUAGGGAGGUUGGGAGCCACAGGUACCUUAAGUGUGCUCAUCUUUAGGUGGACUCAUGUACCUACUGCUCAGUGCCCUGCCUCCCAUUCGGAAGCCAUCUCACUUUUCUUUGUUACUGGAAUUCUUACUUAUCCUCCAAAACAUAGUAGAAACAAUUUCAAUGCCAGAAACUUGAAGGGAUGCUUGGAGUGAGUAAGUUUGAGGGUGGUUAUGGAAUGCCACAAAAAGAUUUACCUCUCUCCUGGCCCCAUCUUGUUAGAAGAUCCUUUAGCUUGGACUUUGAGCAAGUCUCUGCACUUUUUCAGGCCUGCUUUUCCAGUAUGUAUCAAAUUAGCGCUUAGGCUUAAACUUUAUGAUAAAUAAAUAUUCACUCUGUGCCUUA